AUGGGGCCGUCCCCCUGCUGGCUCUUGCUGCUGCUGGCCGCCCCCCUGGGGGAGCCGCGGCCGCCCCCGGCCGUGCCCUGCCCGGCGGUGUGUGAGCCGGCGCGCUGCCCCCCGCGGGACCCCCAGCUCUGCCUGGCCGCCGGGGGCCUGCUCCAGCCCGACCGCUGCGGCUGCUGCUGGCUCUGCGCGCCCGGGGAGGGGCGGCCCUGCGCCGCUGGGGGGCUCUGCGCCCACGGGCUGCGAUGCCAGCGCCCCGCAGCCCUCCGGGCCCGGGGCGGCACCUGUCUCUGUGCCGAGUCCCCCCAGCCCGUGUGCGGCAGCGACGGCCGCACCUACCGCAGCCUGUGCCAGCUGCGGGCCGAGAACCGGCGGAAGCGGCUGGGGGACGCGCCCCCGGCCAUCCCCGUGCAGCAGGGCGGCUGCGGGGAGCCAGGCUCCUUCCAUCCUGACAGCCUGAGGUACAAGUUUAAUUUUAUUGCUGAUGUUGUGGAGAAGAUUGCUCCAGCUGUUGUCCAUCUUGAGCUCUUUCGCAGGGUGUCCUACUCAAGCCAAGAAGUUCUUGUGUCCAGUGGCUCCGGAUUCAUAGUGUCAGAGGAAGGACUGAUUGUCACUAAUGCGCAUGUCCUCACCAAUAAGCAGAGAAUCAGAGUGGAGCUCAAGAGCGGGGAGCAGUACGAAGCUAAAAUCAAAGAUGUUGACCACAAGUUGGACAUAGCCCUGAUCAAAAUAUAUCCUGAUACUGCCCUCUCUGUACUACUGCUGGGCAGAUCCUCUGACCUCCGUCCUGGGGAGUUUGUGGUGGCGCUGGGCAGUCCCUUCUCCUUACAAAACACUGUAACGACAGGAAUCGUCAGCAGCACUCAAAGAGGCAGCAAGGAGCUUGGCCUGAAGGACUCUGACAUGGCAUACAUUCAGACAGAUGCCAUCAUCAAUUAUGGAAAUUCAGGUGGGCCAUUGGUGAACUUGGAUGGUGAAGUUGUAGGGAUAAAUACGCUGAAGGUAACGGCUGGCAUCUCCUUUGCCAUCCCCUCUGACCGAAUCCGUCAGUUCCUAGAAGAAUCUCACGACCGGCAGAUGAAAGGGACGAUUCGACCCAAGAAGAAAUACAUGGGAUUCCGAAUGCUUCCCCUCACUUUUAAUCUCAUCCGUGAACUGAAAAUCUAUGAUAAAGACUUCCCAGACCUGAACUCUGGAGUUUAUGUUUUUGAAGUGAUUCAAGGAACUGCUGCUGCAAGCUCUGGCCUGAGAGAUGGUGAUGUGAUUAUCAGCAUUAAUGGAAAAACAGUCACCUCAACAGAAGAUGUAAGUGAAGCUGUUAAAGACAAUGAUGAUCUUUCAGUUGUGGUUCGUCGAGGAAAUGAAGAUGUGAUCUUGAAUAUAAUUCCAGAUGAAAUUGAUUAAAGGCUGACUUCUAUCAGAAAUAGUUUCAUUAAACGAAGUCAGACCUGCA